ACGAGUCGGUUGCUAAGCUAUAGAGCUAUAGAUCUGCUGGAGUAGACAUUGUAAUUUCCGCAGUGGUUGGUCAGUGACCUGGUCGCCAGCAAUUUAUGGUUGAUUCAAUCAACACCAUCGCCAUCGCAUCACCAUCACCAUCACCACCACCACCACCACCACCACCACCUCAGAACAAACACUCCCCGAUCUCAGAGCUUCCAAGAGAGAAGAACCAUCCCGGCCUCUCAAAUAUAUACUCCCACCCUCCGACACACCCAAGAAGCACACAGAAAACCACCGACCCAAACUCCCGGGACCCCAUCGUACGACCCCAGCCAGACCGUACCAUCACCUCACCUCAUCUCACCAUCCGAUCAUGCCACACCCACAUCAACCACCACAUCAACCACCACAACCACAUGGCCCAAGCAUACGAUACAUGCACACCGCAUAGCCAAUCCAGCCACCGCCACGAGUCCAUUCCAGCCAACCAACCCAAUCUCACCAAUCCCACGCACCCCAUUGGUGCAAAUCCCCCAUGUAAACCCGACAGCCCACUGCAUACCUACAUCCAUGCACCCACGCCUUCUUAGCCUCGUGAUACCCGUUCGUACUGUCCCCCGGACAAUCUGGAACCCUCACCAGCCCCAAGAGCCCCAACCGGUUCAACCAGGCCGCAU